GAUUAUUAAAUUGUUUUAAACAAAUCGGUGAAUUUAAGUUUUAAUUUUUGCACGGUUCGCUCAGAGGGCGUCACCAGUCAAGCACGAUUUGCGCCGGUUUGCGCUCUUCUCCUCUCGCACUCACGGUGUACGGUUUCUGACAUUCAUCAACAAUCGGAUCGAUUGUUCCUUCAGUUCGGAAGCACGCAACUAACCUGCUCGCUAGCAAUAAAUUCGAAUGAAGUCACUGGGUGCAACAAUAGUUUAGCGCGGCUCGCGAGCGCAGCUAUGUAUCAGAACACUUGUGGUGCGGCGGCGACCGCCGGCGGUUGCGUCGAAACGGACAAGGACAGCCACAGCCUCAUCCCCAAGGAGCCUGUGGUGCCCGUCGUCGAGCAGGAUUACAGCGGCUUCGACAUCGUCAAGGCCACACAGUAUGGAGCAUUCACUCGAGUAAAGGAGUUGAUAGAAGCUGGCUACAAUGUCAACCAAAGAGACACUGAAACAGUCACCCUGUUGCACUGGGCGGCGAUUAACAAUCGCCGGAAUAUCAUGAAGUUCUUCCUUGACAAAGGGGCAGAGGUUGAUGCAAUUGGUGGAGAAUUGAAUGCAACACCACUGCAUUGGGCCACAAGACAAGGACAUCUUAGUGCUGUGGUUAUUCUAAUGAAUGCUGGUGCAGAUGCAAACAUACAAGAUGCUGAAGGCUGUUCCUGUAUUCAUUUGGCUGCACAGUUUGGCCAUACAGCAGUUGUGGCUUACUUUGUAGCCAGGGGCGUGAGUGCUGACUCACAGGACAGAGGAGGCAUGUCACCACUCAUGUGGAGCUGCUGGAAGAUGUGCACCUUGGAUCCUACAAGGGUUUUAUUAACUCUGGGUGCAAACACCAGUCUGGCUGAUUACAACCAGGGCAAUACUGCUUUGCAUUGGGCGAUUUUAGCAAGAAAUACACAAGCUAUCAGCACAUUAAUUUUAGUUGGCCAGGCAAAUUUAAACAUACCGAAUCACAGAGGAGACACGCCGUUAUCAAUGUUACAAUCAUACGUGACCUCCGUCUGGGUGGGCAAGAAAGUCGCCGAGAAAGUGAAAGAGAACAUGAGCACACAGCGUUCACGAAACGUAAUUUUUAGAAUAGCAAAAGACAAAAGAGUGAGAUGGUGGUGCAUGGUGGGCACGCCGUUUUUAGCGUUUUAUAUCGCCGGUCUGGUCCUCGCCUCGGACCUGAUGUUUCUUAUCAAGCUGUUUUUAUUCCUCUGCAUGUACAUCGUGUUGAACUACGCCGGCGAUGUGCUCUUCGACGACCGGCUGAUGGUCAUUUUACCAUUGAGUAUUUAUAUGUCGACCAAGACGUGGUUCUACAUCACCUGGUUCAUUUUCAUCAUGCCCAACACCACGCUGCUCAUUAACUUCGUGUUCGUUACCAGCUCGAUGGCGCUGUGGUACUUUUUCUUGAAGUCGUGGCGAGCUGAUGCUGGCACGAUCGCUGCUACUCAAGAUAUCAGAUUUAAGACUAUAAUAGAAUUAUCAGAAGAAGGCCCCGGGGGUUUUGAGCCGUCGAUAUUCUGUUCGACGUGUCUGGUGCGUCGUCCGCUGCGCUCUAAACAUUGCUCAGUGUGCAACAAGUGCGUGGCGCGUUUUGACCAUCACUGCCCCUGGGUUGCGAAUUGCAUCGGCGCAAAGAAUCACAAGCACUUCAUCGGCUUCCUAGCAUGUUUGGUGGUCAUGUGCGCACAGAUGCUGUUUGGCGUGACGCAGUUCUGGACCAGUCAACCAAGCUGCGCGAUCAAUAGCACCGAGAGUUAUUGGCAAGUGGUGACGACGUUGGGGCGAUGCGACGCGUGGAUCGCAUUCAUCGCUGGCAACGCACUCCUCCACUUUGCUUGGGUGUUUAUGCUUCUGAUAUGUCAGAUUUAUCAAAUAUCAUGUCUUGGAAUGACUGCAAAUGAGCGAAUGAACAAAAGUCGCUACGCGCACUUUAUCAACAACCACGGCCGGAGUCCCUUCUCAAAGGGACCGAUAAUGAACGUGGCAGAAUUCUUCGAGUGCGGAUGCGGCGUGGUGCAACCGCAGGUGAAGGACUGGAUGACAAGCUACGAUUUGGAUCGUCACGUCGAGCAUCAACCGCUGCUACGGCAUAAAGAUGCCAAUCAAUACGUCUAAUUGUUCUCCCAAUGCGAAGUCGUGAAACCAUUUGACCAUUGAGCUAGCUUUCGCGUUGUCGUGUGUGUAUAUCGUUUUGCCUUCGGUGUGUGACUGAAUUCAUGAACGCAAAAUGCAUCUAAUCUGUGUAUAAAACGCGAGCGAUUGUAUGCGUGAAUGUACGAGCGCCGCAGAGAGGGUUAACUAUCCAAAAAUUUACAAAAAAGCAUUACCUAUUCUACAAAUAACGAUAUGUAUUAAAUGUCUAGAUAUAAGACGUUUAUUUGCAAAAAGGCGCAACAAGUUACAUUCCAACCGAAAGUAAGCGAUUUUAUUUAAGCUACAAACAAAGAUAUUUUAAGUCAAGUCCAGGCACUUGCAGUUUUUGCACCAAUUUUGUUAAGAAUUGAUAUAUAAACCCAAGAAUAAGCCAUAGCCAUCGCAAACAAUAAUGUUAUCUAGUCAAUGUACUUAUUAAUUUAGGCUCCCGAAUAAUUCAAACAACUGCAAACUGCAAAUCGCCCCUUCUUAUUACGCAUUACUCAAAGUUCUACUUACGCACUGUAAGUAAUCGCAAAUAAUUGCUAAACAAUUGAAACAUUAAACAUAUCUAUUUGUUGUAUUCAAACGAAUAAGUGGAAUGAGAUUUUGGAUUCUUACCGGUCAGGGGCGGCUGCAUCUAUACAUUUUGGCUUUGCAUUCGUUGCAAUAUUUACAUUAUACAAACGAGGACACGCAAAUACAGACAUUUUACAUUUUACAAA